AUGGACGUGUCUGCCAUUGAAGCCGAGGUUGACGGCGUGGUUCAACAAUCGCCCUUUUUGUUGGCCGCAGAGACUGACGAAGAAGAGCCUCCAAGCAUCAGCCCAGCCAUCUUCCAACGCAAAGAAGUGAAAAUAGGGGCCUUGCUGGGUUCAGGCAGCUUCUCUAAGGUCCAUGAAGUCGUUGGCUACAAGCUGGCUGGAAGCAAAAAAAAGCAACCCUCGUCACAAUCAUCCCAAUGGUACGCUUCGUUGGUCCCUUCCUCGCUCUCGUCCGAUGUCGGUGUUGUUCCUACUUUGGAAGACACCAGUCCACAAGAUCGAGACCGUACCGAACAACGUCGCUUGGCGCUCUCCGAGUCAACGCUUGACUGUGGAGGCAAAAGUCGCUAUGCGAUCAAGUUCAUCAAGAAGGAACUCUCCAAGAACCCCCGGGCUUUUAACAGCGCCGCUGCUGAUCUGAUUCUAGAAGCCAAGUACAUGGCAGCACUGGACCAUCCCAACAUCCUCAAGUUGAGAGGUUUGGCCACUGGUGGCAGUGCUGGCUUUCUGCGAGGCCAUGACGGAUUCUUUGUCAUUGUGGAUCGGCUCCAAGAGACGCUCGCGGAUCGUAUGCUUUGUUGGGAGGACGAGAAUCCCCUCAACGACACGCGUCGUUGGAGACAAGGAAAGCUCCCCAAAGACAAGCUGCUACCGCUCAAGAUGGACUAUGCUUAUCAGAUUGCGGAUGCACUUGCGUAUCUGCACAAGCGCCGAAUCCUUUUUCGCGAUUUGAAGCCAAUGAACUGUGGCUUCAACUCCCGUGAAGGGCACACCGUUCAGUUGUUUGACUUUGGGCUCUGUCGAGAGUUGCCUUCCGACUCGGAUAGCGAUUUUGAAGACAACGAACACUUUCACAUGUCCGGUGCCGGCACGUACUGCUACAUGGCCCCAGAGAUCUUCAACUCCAAGCGAUAUAACCUCAAGGCUGAUGUCUUUUCGUGGUCUAUUGUUUUUCAUGAAAUGAUUGCCCAGAGGCGGUCGUUUGACCAUUAUUCAGAGUCGGAGCACAAGGAGUUUGUCUGUGAAGUUGGACAACGACCCUCGUUGACCGAGUACAACCUCCCCGAAUCUCUCCAAACGCUACUAUCCCAGGCGUGGGAACAAGACCCAGCGCAGCGGUUGACCAUGCAAGAAGUAUGUCGUCAACUAAUGCCCCUUGUGCGCAGCUCCGCAAACCCAGACAGUGACGAAAGCGAGCAAUCGACCACGGGGUCAGGUGUGAAACCAGGACUGAUUUUGAGUCAAUCUUAG